CCGGCGGGAGCUAGCAUGGCGUCUGAGCGUAAGACUAAGUUGUCCAAAAAUUUGCUGCGCAUGAAGAUUUCAAGGAAGUGGAGUGGAUUAACAAAGCAAGCACUGAAAAGAUUUUAGAAGUUGUUUAACUCUUGGAAUAAGUCAAAUGAAGAUGUGCUGGUUCAUGCAAAGGGGACUGGACUCGGAAACCAAGAAACAACUAGAAGAGGAAGAAAAGAAAAUCAUUAGUGAAGAGCACUGGUACUUGGAUUUACCAGAGCUUAAAGAGAAAGAGAGUUUCAUAAUAGAAGAGCAGAGUUUCUUGUUAUGUGAAGAUCUUCUCUAUGGAAGAAUGUCCUUCAGAGGAUUUAAUCCUGAGGUUGAGAAAUUAAUGCUUCAGAUGAAUGCUAAGAACAAAGCAGAAGAAGUUGAAGAUGAAACAGUGGAGCUUGAUGUGUCAGAUGAAGAAAUGGCUAGAAGAUAUGAGACCUUGGUGGGGACAAUUGGAAAAAAGUUUGCCAAGAAAAGAGACCGUGCCAAUUACGAAGAAGAUGAAAAUGGAGGCAUAAAACCAAUUAAAGCAAAGAAGAUGUUCUUAAAGCCCCAAGAUUAAAAUGUAUGCCUUAAGAUAUGGCUCAGAGAUGCCUUGUGAGAGUUAACAUAUUUUGGAACUCAUUCCAAUGGUUUCUCUAUAGUUAUUAAUAUUGUAAUGUUUAUUUGUAAAGAAAUGUAUAAUUUUGGAAACAUGCUGUUUUUGAAACAGAUUGAUGGAUGUUAUACAUCCUUUCCUUAAUAUGGUAUUCAUCAAGAGUGGAUUUUUAGCCCUUGAUCUUCAAAUGUACAAAGGCAAUGUUUGCUUCCUAAAAAAAUUUUUGCCCCAGAUUUUUUUAAAUAUAUCUUUUCAAUCGCUGACCUUAAAUUGACACAUAACGUAAUAAUAGUGUUUAAAUUGUCCUUAUAUUUGCAUUUUACUUUAAAUUAUUAAUAAUGUUAAGUCAUUUCAUACAUUUUGGAAUCAAAUGUCAUGAGAAUUUAUUCUAUGUAAAUUCAUCAAGAACAAACAUGCCUCUGUGGCCUAAGAUAUUUGCAUGCGACCAAGUCAUUCAGUUUGUGGAAUUAAGUGGUUUUGUUUAAAGCUUUUAAUUAAUAAGAAAAAAAAUGUUCUGUAAUAAACAUCUGUUUUCACGUA